UUUUGUCUCAUCAGAAUUUUUGAGUUUUACUUAUUUGCAGCUUUAUAGAAAGGGAGGGAUAGUUUCAAGAUGUUUGGCAUCACAGAACCGUAUGAAAAAUGGAUGGAUAAACCAUUAUUUAAUUGUCCUUCAGAUGACCGUCAUGCCUAUAUGCAAUUGGUUCACAUGAAAUGUUUUGCUGUGACAAUUAUGAACAGCUGUGUUAUGAACAUCCUAGUGGUCAAAGCUGUACAGUUCUACCUGACGCGUCUCCUUGGAGUUUGUGCAUUAAUGAUUCUUCUAUCACCAUCUCUGGUGGGGAAGGUUAUUCCAAUAGUUCUCCUCGUUCUUUCUUUCUAUAUACCUUAUUUUAGAGGAUAUAUACAUUUUCGGUAUGGUACAUUCUACUUAUAUUGCUUAAUAUGCUGCAUGGAAGUCCAAGGGUUUGAAUUUCUUUUUGAUCUUUAUUUAAUCCUCUGCUAUGUAUUUGAAGCUGCAUAUUCUUUCUAUGCGAGGAGACGAUUUAAUGUCCUUGCCACAAUUAUAUGCGAAUUCGGCAUGUGGACAAUACCCUGUUCCAUGUGGUUCAGAAUUGGAGUGACAUUUGCUUAUCUAGCAGUAGAAGCUUAUAAUUAUCCACAAAUAUGGGCUCUGUCUACUUUUUAUGUCUUCUUGAGCGGUUAUAUGUUCGUAAGCCAUAUGCAUGGAAUGGAUUUGGAAGAACAAUUGGAAGUAUUAAGAAAAUCAAUGACAUUUUUGAUUGAGUCUUUCAUUAUUAACGCUAGUAUUGCUGUAGUACCGGAAAAGAGAAAAUUCUAUAAAUUCCCUUAACUUGUAUUUUUCGUCAUCUUUGGAAGA